AUGUCCACCCAGCCAAGGGCUGCCAACACUCUCGUAAGGAAGGGCACCAUGACCGCUGCCAUGUACGGCAAGCCGAAGGCCAAGGAGUCCGUCCUGGAUCUCUGCACCAGGGCAACCCUUCUUGGUAACAACAUCUCGGUUCGCAUGCUCGAGUUUCUCACCAACGUCAAACACCAACCCCACGGAUUCAAGGACCUCGCCAAUGACUUCCUCGACAUCUGCCGCAUACUAUGGUCCAUCGAGGCCGGCCUCUCGGAGGCGGCCCGCACCCACCAGGAGUUCCCGGCCGACAUGAUCAAGGAGCUCGAUACCAAGUUCCGCCAGACCAACUCGGACUUCCAGGUGCUCGACCACAUGAUGUUCGAGUUCCUCGAGUAUGAGAAGAAGGGCGCCAUGGGCAAGAUCCAGCGCGGCUGGCGCAUGAUGUUUGCGGAUAAGGAGAUCUUCAGGAUGAGGGAGUCGAUACGCAAGGCCAGAGACGCUCUGAGAAUGAGUGCUCUCGUCUUCCAAUGGUCUCUCGGAAACUCCAAGACUGACGAGGCUGUCGGCAACGGCUAUGCUGGCCUUGCUGCUGCCCUUGAUCGCAUCAGCCAGUCUCACUCGACGGUGCGGAUAGCCAAGUCCAAGUCGUUCGAGGUCCAACACACCCCUCCUGACCAUUCCGACGAGACUUCUCCUCCACUACCCCCUCUGCCUGCUCUCCCCUCUCAAGCUCCUCAUCUUCCUCCUCCUUCUCUUGUUGACAAGAUGUCUGCAGACUUUGUCAUGCAGGAUACGAGGUUAUCGCCCGACCCGCGGCGCCGCACAUCCAUCUCCAACAGGAGUCAUCACAGCUCCUCUGACCACGGCGCACAUUCUGCUAGGAUUCCCGACCGUAGGAUCGGUCGGGAUGAUAUCACUAUUUCAGAGCAUGGGCACUACGACAUCCAACAUGCGCCCAUGCCCACAAGAAUCAACACUGACAGGAGGUCAGCACGAGAUGAUUUGACCAUCUCAGACACCUAUGAUGCUCCCAGCCGCAUUUCUGACAGGAGGAAUCUCCGUGACUCAGACAACACCAUCUCUCCAUCCUCUUCGGGCACAGAGACGCUUAUUGGCGAGCUUCAAAAUAUUGCAGACAGCAUCCCCGUCAAGGUAGUCCGUUUGAAGGCGGAUCCCAUGACCAUGCCCCGCUGGACGCCACGUCAUAACGCCAACGGCAACCCUGCCCUCACAGCUUCCCUGAUCUCAGCCGUGCAAGGAAAGAACCACAAGCUGAUCGAGCAACUACUGGACCGUGGAGUCUCCCCUGACACCGGCGCGGACAACCAUGUACUUGUUGACUCGGUCCUGUGCCAAGACAACGAAAGCAUCCGUCUGCUGUUACUCUUCGGUGCCGACCCCAACUCCCCCGACAGGGACGGCAUCACUCCUCUCUUCGCGGCCGUCGAGAUGAACGCGCUUGAAAUCGCCAAGAUGCUUCUCAAGUAUGGUGCGGACCCCAACAUGUCUGCCGGAUCCUCGCAAGAAUCACCCUUGGCCAUCUCCGUCGUUGAUGGCAAGAUCGACUUUGUCCACAUUCUCCUCACAUACGGCGGUGACCCGAACCACAUCAUGGCCAACGGCAACACGGUCCUCAUCGCCUCGAUGAACAAGUCGACGCCCAAGAAGCUUGUCGACCUGAUGCUUGACUACGGCUCAGACCCGAAUGUCAAGAACAGGGAAGGCAAGACUGCCUUGUUCGAGUCUAUCCAGUCUGCGAGAGUCGACCUUCUCACUACUCUUCUGGACCACGGAGCCAACCCCAAUUUGCCUGGUCCCAAGCACAUGCUGUGGCCUGCUACCUACCAGGCACCUUGCCUCAAGGUCCUUUUGGCCCGUGGUGGCGAUAACUCGAAGGCACCAGGCAAUAUGGAGCUCGCUGUCAGCAUCAACAACAUCGAGUCCGUUCGCGUCCUCCUUUCAGCUGGUGUCUCUCCCAACAUCAAGAAAGAUGGCAUCUGGACUCCUCUCUGCACGUCCAUCCGUGACAACCGCGCAGAUAUCUUCGAGCUCCUGCUCGACAGCGGCGCAGACCCCAACCUCAACUCUGCCGAGUACCCCGCCUUCAAGUGUGUCACUCACUUCCGCACACAUUUCCUCCCCCGUCUCGUCGCCGCCGGCAACGACCUUCACAACCCCAAGGGUAUCAUCGAGAUGGCUGUCAAGGUCAACAACAUGGAGGCUCUUAUGUGGCUUCUCGACCAGGGUGUCAGCCCCAACGACAAGGGCGAGGACGGCAACACGCCACUCACCACAGCUAUCAGGGAGAACCGCAUGGAGAUGCUCGACGAACUCAUCGCUCACGGCGCCGACCCUAACAUCCGCGGUUCGGACUGGCCUAUCGUCAUGGCCGUCCAGAACCCCGAGGUACUCAGGAAGCUUCUCCCGGCUGUACCCGACCCUCGCACUUUCAAGGGCUUGAUGGAGCGUGCCGUCGUUGCCAACCAACUUGAAUGUGUCAAGUUGCUGCUGAAGGGCGGUGUGUCUGUGGAGGACAAGAACGGCGGCGUCUUUUCUCCGUUGACCACCGCCAUUCGCGAGGAUAACAAGGAGAUCACCCGCUUCCUCAUCGAGGAGGGUGGUGCCGACAUCAACGCCCCUGGCGAGCAUCUGCCUAUCGUCAAGGCCGUCCGUCGCUGCCGCGGGGACGAUACCGAUAUCAUCGAGAUGCUGCUCCGCAAGGGUGCUGAUGCCAACAAGAUCUACCGUGGCUGGAAUGCCAUCAUGCAGGCCGUCGAGAACGGCGACGCCAAGAUUCUCAAGCUCCUCGUCUCGGCCGGCGGCGUUGACCUCGACGCAAGGGACGAUGCUGGCCGCACGGUCAUGGAGAUUGCCGCCAGUCGUGGCUGGGAGGAGUCUGUCGGCAUCAUCCUCUGGGAUGGCAAGACCAAGGCAUGA